AGGGACUGCCCGGGUGCAGCCGGUCAGAUACACUUCGUGUGGGGGAGCGCCGCUCUGUAUUACUGUUCGAGCGAGUUCCCCAGAUGGCUUCGUUUGGGUGGAAGAGAAAGAUCGGUGAGAAGGUCUCAAAAGCUACUUCUCAGCAGUUCGAAGCAGAAGCUGCGGAUGACAGGGAUCUGGGUGACGAUGAUGAUGCUAACUGGGUGCAUGCAGCUAAGAGAAGAAAGGAAGUUCUCUUAGAAGAUUGUGUAAGGAGAAGUAAGGAGCUCAAGGAUGAAGGUGCAAAUUUGGCUGAAAAUAGGAGGUACAGAGAGGCUCUUGUCAAGUGGGAUGAAGCACUUCAGUUAACUCCAGAGGAUGCUACACUGUAUGAGAUGAAAUCACAGGUCCUGAUGUCUUUACAUGAAAUGUUCCCAGCAGUGCAUGCAGCAGAAAUGGCUGUCCAAAGAAACCCACGUUCCUGGGAUGCCUGGCAGACUCUGGGACGUGCCCAGCUUGGAUUAGGAGAGAUAGCACUGGCAAUCCGAAGUUUCCAGGUAUCCUUACACAUCUUUCCAAUGAACCCUGAAGUAUGGAAAGAAGAUCUUUCCUGGGCAAGAAAACUACAGGAACAGCAGAAGGCCACAAAGACUGGAUCAGUGCAAGCACUGGCAAAAGGAAAAGAGCUUGUACAAGAGUCAGUCCCGGACUAUGACUUUGAAAGUGAUGAAAUUGUGGCAGUCUGUGCUGCCAUUGCAGAGAAGGAGAAAGCUCUUUCAGCAGCUAAAACGAUGGUGAUUGUGUCUGCUUCAGGCACAGUAGAGACUGUAACCGAGCAGGACAAUUGUCCUGCAACUCCUGAUGAAACCCUUUUCAUCAGGGCCCGGUAGGGCAGCCUCAUGGGUUGCCAUACCCAUAGUUCUAAGGACUGCUGUUAUUUAUUGUAUUUUGCUUGCUUUGUGUUUGUUCUUUAUUAAAUUGUAG